AUGAGUUCAUGGUGGACAACUUUGACAAGAAGUCACGUGCUACAUGAAGAAUGGUGCUUGGAUACUUAUACUGGAUUGAUAUGUGCCAUGGUUGCUGCUGCUGUUUUAUCUGUAAUAUUUGAAUUACUGGGCGUCAUUAUGUUAAGAAUUGUAUACAUUUGUUGGCCCAAAGGAAUACCUCUCCAAAAUUCUAAGUGUAACCCUCCCUCUCUAUUAAUUAGACUAAUAACAUCCAUCUUCCACAUCUGUGGAGUCAUUAUAGGCUAUAUCCUGAUGCUGUGUGUCAUGACGAUGAAUAUUUGGAUAUUUUUAUCAAUUUUAUUGGGAACGCUUGCAGGCCACCACUUUAAGCGAAAAACGAGAAAACAGGAAGCGGAAGGAGAUCACCUACAGAUAGGAGUUAACUACCCUGAAAUACGAUCCCGUAAAGAAACAGGAAGUAAACAAUGCGAACCAUUGCUUUACGUGGAGAGGGAACAAACCGGAUUACAAUCAGAAACAGAGCUUCUGAAACAGAAAAUGAAAAGUAGUGAAACCUGAAUAAUAUAAUAUAAUUACCAAAAGAGUUUUGCAAGGCAAUAGUGCCGUUCACUCAGAUGGAAUUUACUCCCAUUUUUGGAAUUCCUCAGGUGGUUCACUUUACAAUGCAUAUAAUGUUGCACCAGGUGAAAAGUUUUAUUGCAAGGAAGUCUAUUUACAGAAAUACCAGGGGGAAAUAGGCAAUAUCUAU